CUUACGGCCAGCUGUCCAAUCAGGAACGCCGGCAGAAAGCGGAUAUGCCUCACCCGCCAUCUUUCUCCCUGGCACGGGCUGGUCAGCUGAGGGCCGCGGGUAGGGCCGAGCCUCUUUGGCCCCGCGGCAGCUGACCUCUGGAGCCUUCUAGAAACUACAAGAGGGCCCGGGAGCAGGCGAGGCGAACGUCGGGGCAAGUGUAGGAGGCGCCGGGUCUUCCCCGGGCAGAUACCCCAGUCCUCCGUGGCUGUGGGUGCUGCGGGACUCACGGCUUCUCUGCGCUCUAGGUGGCGGGACCCGGCGGCCAACCCCAACUCUUGCUGAAUCCUGUGCUCCUGUCUCCCCAGCGAGACGCCUCCUGAAAAGUACAGGUCGUUGGGCAUGUUAACUCAUGCCCGCUACGCCAGCCCAUGCGACGUGAGGACGAGCUGAAGGCCAGUUUGGAUUGUAUUUCACGUUCUGGGCCAACCAGAGUGUCUGCAAGACUGUCUCAAAAACCAAAACCGAACAAAAGUGAUGUAGGCAUUAAGUGUUUUCAAAUUAGUUAACUUGGAAAUAGAUUAAGAAACCCAUGUCCAGCCAGGUGUCCAGGACUGUCUAACUUUUGAGGACGUGGCUGUAAACUUCACCUUGGAGGAGUGGGAUUUACUGGAUCCUUCCCAGAAGCAACUCUACACAGAUGUGAUGCAGGAAACCUUCAAAAACCUAAUUGCUAUAGGACAAAUUGAGGAAGGCCAGAGGAGUAAAGAUGUGGAUGAAGAUUCUAGGAGAAACCUAAGAAGUGGACUGGUGGAAUUAUUGUAUAAACCCAGUGAAGGCAGACAGUGUGAAGUAACCUUCAGUGAGUGUCCAGAUACUGUUGUGAACAAGAAAAGCUCUCAUGGAGUAAAACUGUGUGGAAGUAAUUUAUGUGAAGACAUACUUAUUGGUCUCCCACCCCUAAAUAUGCAUAUUCCUGUUCAACCAGGACAUAAACGAUAUGAAUAUGAGGUAUAUGAAGAGAGUCUCUAUAAAUUUAGGGAAUGUGGGAAAACCUUCAUGUAUCCUGAAUACUAUCUGAAGCAUGAAAAUACUCACACCAUUGAGAAACCAUAUAAAUGUCAUCAAUGUGGGAAAGCCUUUUCUUCUUCAAGUAAGGUUCGAAGACAUGAAAGAACUCAUACUGGUGAGAAACCCUACAUAUGUAACCAUUGUGGGAAAGCCUUUCCUAGUCGUGGUUCCCUUCGACGUCAUGACAGGAUUCACAGCGGAGAGAAACCCUUUGUAUGUAAGUAUUGUGGGAAAGCUUUCACUGGUCAAAGUUCACUUCCACGCCAUGAAAGAAUUCACAGUGGAGAGAAACCCUAUGUAUGCAAAUACUGUGGCAAAUGUUUCAUUUCUUCAAGUACCUGUCGAGUACACGAACGGACUCACACUGGAGAGAAACUCUAUGUUUGUAACCUGUGUAAUAAAGCUGUCACUACUCGUACUUCCCUUCGAAAUCAUGAAAGAAUUCACAGUGGAGAGAAACCCUAUGUCUGUGAAAAGUGUGGGAAAGGUUUCAUUUCUUCUGGUACCUUUCGGAUACAUGAACGAAUUCACACUGGAGAGAAGCCCUAUAGAUGUAAGGAAUGUGGUAAAGCCUUCACUAUACAGAGUUCUCUUCAGCGCCAUGAAAGGAUUCAUACUAGGGAAAAGCCCUAUGACUGUAAGGAGUGUGGGAAAGCUUUCACUGGCCACAGUUCCCUUCGACGCCAUGAGAGGAUUCACAGCGGAGAAAGACCCUAUGCGUGCAAGCAGUGUGGGAAGGCCUUUCCUGCUCUGGGUGACUGUCAGAGGCAUGAGCAAGUUCACACUGGUGAAAAGCCCUUCAUAUGUAAGCAGUGCGGCAAAGCCUUCACUCGUUGUGGCUCCCUUAGAAUACAUGAAAAGACCCAUGCUAGAGAGAAUUCCCAAGCAUAAAAUGUGGGAAGGACUCCUUAUUGCAUGCCCUUUCUGUAAAAAAUUGUUAUAAUGUUUAGUGAAACAAACAAGUAUCAAUAUAAAGUUAUGAGGGUUGCCACUAGUCAUAUUUUUCAAUUAACAAAAAAAAACACAAACUAAAAAUGCACCCAAUAUCAAAAUUCGCUCAGAAAGUUGACUGUAAGAAAUUGUUUUAAAAUUCUAUGAAAUUCCUCAGGUAGUAGAGAACCAUAAAUGUACAUUAUGAAAGGUUCAAUACAAAGUAAUUUAUGUAGAAUGCUCCAAAAAUUACAUAACCUGAAGGAAAAUUUUCUAAAAUUAUAUCACACUGAUUAGUUUAUUACUAAAAUAGAUAUCUGAACUAUUUAUUUCUAAGUCUAACUCUUGUAAAUAAAUGGUGGCAUGACAUAAUUCUAUGAAGUUUGCUUAAGCAGUGGAGCAGAGAGUAUCUUUUUUUUUUCCCUGUUUCCCUACCAUUCUGAAGAAUUUUGGUUGUUUGAAUAGUGAAAUGGCCUUUUGAGAUGUAGUUAUAGCAAAUAUCUUGACAACAAAUGAGUUGGCACUAGCUCACGGUGCUAGGACAAGGCUCUCCAGGGUGAUGGGUGUGCCCUGAAUUGGUGUCUCAUACAGCGCUGUUUCUCCAUGGGCCCGGGACCUGAGGGGCGUGGGAACCAUCCCUAUAACUUGCCAGCAAUUGUUUUUUUCGUGUUCUGUACAUAUUAUGGUUCCACCAGGAAGAACAUCCACUCAUUCCUUUGAACUGGAAGCUAAGACACAUACCUAAUACCACACCCAUUUACUCUGGGUUCCUUGUGCCCUUGAGUUAACUAAAAAUUGUUAUUGUCACUGGACUGACAGUUCCACAUGACCAGUAGGGAAUGAGACUGCUAUUCAGUAAUGGAGAUGUUUUGUUUACUUUACACAAGCUAGAAUUACCUGUAAGAGAAAUCGCCAUUAGAUUGACCUGUAGGCAAGUCUGUGGGGGUAUUUGUUUGAUUAAUGAUGUAUGGGACAGGGCUACUGUGGGUAGUGCCACUCCUGGGUAGGUGGCCCUGUGUUGUACAAGAAAGCAGGCUGAGUGAGCCAUGAGGAGCAAGCCAAAACUCAAGCCUUCCUCCUUGGUCUCUUCUUCAGGUCCUCCUUCCACAUUCUAAGUUCCUGCCUUGAGAUCCUCCUACUCUGGCUUCUCUUGGGGUUGGAAUGUAAAGUGUAAUUAAAACAAAUCCUUUUUCCUCAAGUUGAUUUUGGUCAGUGUUUUAGCAGGAACAACAAUAACAAUUCAAACUAGAAUACAAGGAAAGAAAGUCUAUUCCUGGAUUUCUUUAUUAUUGCCAUGUCUGUUGAUUAAAACCCAUGGGAAGCUACAACUCAGUUCAAACAGGGUAAUAAAUGGCUCAGAUACUCAAGAAUGCAAGUGUGAAUCACUUCUCAAGGUAAAGAGCUAGUUGAUUUGGGUGUAUGAUGAUGUUUUUUAUUUACUUACAAGUUUUUUUAUACUAAAAUUUAUUUUAAAUUAAAAAUUAAAAAAAUUAAGAUGCUUAGCACUUGCUGAAGAGGAAGAAAUACAAAAUGACAUCCAAAGGUACUUAUAAAUAUGACAUGCCUGUGGGUCCAGUUACAGAAGUAAGGAUUCUAAUUUUAUCGGGUCCUAUUUUAUUAAGAGUAUUUAUGUUGGGCUGGGUGUGAUGGCAUAUUCCUUUAAUGCCGGUGCUCAGAAGCCAACGCUAUCUGAAGGAGUGAUAUGUAGGAGUGUGAAUUCACUGUUCUCUGCUUUUGACUAUGGGUGUGAAGCUGCUCAAGUUACUGCCAUAUUGACUUCCCACAGUGAUGGAAUUAUAAGCCAAAUAACCCCCCCCCCUUCCUUUAUGUUGCUUUUACCUGGAUAUUUUGUCACAACAGGA